UGAUCAAAGUAGCUUUCGCUCGACAUUCGCGUAAUGUGAACGCGUGUACGCUAUUUGUAAUACACCCAAAAAGUAUAUUUUCGGAGUGGUUUACUCGCGACUGCGCAUAUAAAGCGGUAUGUAUCACGUUUACGUCAGAACAACAACAAGCGUCAGCUGUGUGGGUUCUAAACACUGCGCGAAGCGCAACGCGAGGUGGAAAGAUAUCGGAAAGAUGAAACAUAUUGGCGGAGCUGCAAAGAAGAGCUCGCUGUGAAGAUGAGUGCCGACAGUGGUGCGAGUGGUGAAGCGUCUCUCGGCACAGAGGCUGAUGCCGAUGAACGACCCAAGGACAGCAAGAGCCAAGGGGAUGUGGAUGGGAGGUUGAUGAGAAAAGAUGACAGUGGCAUUGGUAGUGAGCCAGCGGACGACCGGCCUGAUGCACCUGCCCAUGCAUCUAAUGGAGGGCAGGAGAGCCCCGACUCUGGAAACCAGGACUGUGCCGAGGCUGGGGCCUCGGAGCCUCAGGAGGCUGCCGGCACAGCCGAGAAAAGGCCCACAACGGAAACUGAAGACGACAGCGAUGGAUUUCCAGAGGAGAAGAAGCAGAAAACUGAAGAGAAGAAAACGCGCAGGCUACUCAACCUGCUGGGCCGAACGCGAAGGUCGGGUUCGGCAUCUGAGGACAACACCAGUGGCGACACUACCAGAGGAGGGGGAAGCAGCAGCUUCUUCACCGAAGACUCUGACGAUAACAUCUCCGUAAACAGUGAUGACACCUUCCACAUGAGCCAAGAUGACCGAGAGGAGGACGACGCAGAGAGCCUAGAGGGCAAUUACGACCCAACGCCCAACACCCCUGCGCCUGCGUAUAAGUGGCUGGUCUGGGAAGCCCUGACACAGCGCGAGUACGGUCGGAAGGCAGCUGCGUCGCAUGUGGACAAGUUUCGCUUGGACUGUUAUGGCAGCCGGCGCAUAGUGGAGCGAUUGGAGCUCAUGUACAAGAUGCACGCCCACGAUGGGUGCGUAAACGCGCUGCACUUCAACUCGACGGGCACUCGGCUGGCCAGUGGAUCAGAUGACCUGAGCGUCGUCAUUUGGGACUGGGCCACGGGCGAGCCUGUGCUCAAGUACGACAGUGGCCAUCGGAGCAAUGUGUUUCAGGCCAAGUUUGUGCCCAUGACUGGCGACUGCUACAUAGUGAGCUGUGCCCGUGAUGGUCUGGUUCGGCUUGCGGAACUUUCCUCAACAGGUGUCUGCAAAACGACCAGGAGACUCGCUCAGCAUCGUGCCACUGCCCACAAGCUUGCCAUUGAGAACGACUCACCGCACACGGUUCUCAGCUGUGGCGAAGACGCUUAUGUUUUUGGCAUUGAUCUGCGGAAAAGCACACCCGACAAACUAGUCUUAGUAAAGGAAAACGACAAGAAGGUUCCCCUUUACACAAUAUUUAUUAACCCAGCCAAUCCAAAUGAGUACGCCGUUGGAGGUCGAGACCACUACGUCAGAGUUUACGAUCGGAGACUCACAAGAGAAGAUUCUAAUCCAAUGAAGAAAUUUUGUCCUCACCAUUUGAUGAACUGUGAAGUGCGAGCCAGUGUUUCCUGUUUGGUUUACAACUACGAUGGCUCUGAGAUAUUGGCUUCGUACAAUGAUGAGGACAUUUACAUUUUCAACUCUAAACAUUCUGAUGGAGCUGAAUUUGUGCACAGAUACAAAGGCCACAGAAACAGCCAGACUGUGAAAGGCGUCAACUACAUGGGCCUUCGGAGUGAAUAUGUUGUCAGUGGAAGCGACUGUGGCUACAUCUACCUUUGGGACAAGGAGAGCGAGCACAUUAUCCACUCCAUGCAUGGCGACGAAGAAGGCGUGGUGAACUGCUUAGAACCUCAUCCUAGCUGCCCCAUACUGGCCACGAGUGGGCUUGAUGAAGAUGUCAAAAUAUGGGUGCCUUCCUGCGAGAACCCUCCAGACAUGUCAGACCUGAAGAUGAGGGUGUGCAAAAACAUGAAAGAGCGAGAAGAGGAGAGGAAACGUGAAGGGCAUGAAGCGAUUGACAGUCAAAUGCUGUGGUACCUCAUGCAGCAGCUGCAUCGCUCAGCCCAGAGUCGACAACAUAACAUUCUCUUUUUGAACCUUUGAAGGCGCGCAGCGACAGAGGCGGAGGCGCCGACAGCAGCACCGACAGUGACAACAGUGACGACGAUGAUGAUAUGGACACUCAGCACUCAGUGCAGUGCGUGCAGUCGUGAUGUGCGCGAGGGUGCUGCCCCAGCCAACGACGACGAAGAUUGUUUUUCGUGUGAUGAAAAAGACUGUGUGCAAUGAACACUCUACCCCGCGAGCAUCGUUUGCUUUGUCGUUGAUUAAACAAUUAGUGCUGUG